UUUCCAGGAUUUCCAAAUACCCUACAGAACCACGUACACAGGUUCAGUGAGGUUCUAAGGUAACAUUUUGACGGAUCUUUGGAAGCAUUCAACAUGUUUUAUGCCAUUAAGCUGCAGCAGCCUUGGAACCAGGGUGAAUGAGCUCCUGUCACCAGUGGUGUAACCAGCUAGCAUACAAGCUUCCCAAGCUAACGUUAGCCACCUAGCUAUGCUAACUUAAACCAAUUCAAAAACCCUGGACAAGGUUCAGAGACGACGAACACAAUUGGGACAGGAACCAUGCCACUUGGAUUUACUCUGAGAGCUUUGCUCCAAACUACGGCACGGGGAUGCAGUCUGACGGAUAUUUCUAUCUUCUCUCAAAUGGCCAACAUUGAGGUGCUGACGCUUAGUGUCAACAGCAUCUCAUCUCUCUCUCCUCUGGCUGGCUGUCUGUCUCUUUGUGAGCUCUACCUAAGGAGGAACAAGAUCCCCUCUCUCUCUGAGCUCUCUCAUCUGCGUCCACUGACGCGUCUCCGAGUGCUCUGGUUGGCUGAGAAUCCAUGUUGUGGAACCGACUCCAGCCAGUAUCGCCUCACUGUACUGCGCUGCUUGCCUCGCCUCCAGAAGCUCGACAACCAAGUAGUGACAGAGGAUGAGAUUGCACUUGCUCUAGCGGAGGGUGAAGUGGUCACCACCCCUCCUAGCAGUGUCCAAAACCAGCUGUCCACUAAUGGACUUCCAGAUGCAGAGACAGAGAAUGACCCGCUUAACUACAACAUGGAGGAGACCAACAAAAUCAGGGAAGAGUUGGGGAUGAAGCUCCUCUCCAGAGACAAGUUCACCUCGCUUUCUUCCCCUUCAACCAGAGAAAACAAACCAUCAAUGAAAAAGACGCACACUCUGGAUGCAGUUCUGCUGCUACUGAGGGAUUUGGAUGAAGAGGAGCUUCACGUUGUACACACAGCUGCCCAAAACAGACUCCAGACUUUCACUCUGGAAUCAGAAACGCUUAACAAUUCACUGCAGACGCAGAAAACUGCAGACAUCCAACACUGAAACGUUUCAUAGCAUGCGCUCAGGGCCAAACCUCUUACUCCCCCUUCCACGUUUAACCCAAACCUCCAUUCUUGGAGAUCUGAAACAGGAUCCUGAUUAACUUCUGAUUGCAGUAUGCAUGAUGGAAUUUCACUGACCGCUUUCCCUUUUGUCUCAGUUUUCACAUGUGGAGCAGAGAUGAAACAUUUCCACAGCUUUCUUUUUUUUUUGUAUCACUAAACAGCAUGCCUACCUGCCUUGUAAGAACAAAAGAAUGUCUGUUUUGCUAAAUGUAAAUCUAUUUCUGUAAUUAAAGAGAUGCCAUUGCAAUACAAUAA